AUGGCUUUGCAUGACUACGUCGAACUCGCAUCGACGGCUGUAUUCUUGGCGUCUACAGCACUUAACGUUUUCUUCAUCUACAUUGUACAUACAAAAACGAAGCAGGAUCUCGGCAUGUAUAAAUAUGUGAUGAUUUGGUUUGCUAUAGGAAAUAUUGCAUAUUCGUUGGCGGAAUUUAUAAGUAAGCCGACAAUUCAUAUCUACAGUAACUCAUACAUGACGAUAAGCCGAAGUUUUAUGAGACGGUACAAAGAAUGGGGAUUUGUCAGCUUAUACGUCUUCAUUUCAAUGUACGGUGCAAAUACGGCUAUUUUGGCGUUGCACUUCAUCUGUAGAUACAUCAUCAUUUGCAAGCACAGUUGGAUGUUUUUGAUUGAAAAAACUCGGUACAUUAUCAUGUGGGUAACGAUCGUGUUCUUUUGGGGUUUCACCUAUGGCUUCAUUGCCUACUACUGCUUUGCACCCACCGAACAUUUCUUCAAUUAUGCUAGGGCUUCUGUAAGAGAAAGAUUUAACGAGAAAAUCGAAGAUAUGCCUUUUUUCGCAGUUUUCGUAUACGAGGUCAUUGCUGGAGAGUUGAUAGUGCAUUGGAAAUGCUGCAUAGGACUUGCUAUCAUCAUAACAAUGAUGCUUACUACGCUUACAGUUAUGAUAUCAACUGGGUUUAUAAUGGUGACGACGCUGAAAAAAGUUACCAUGAGCGAGAAGACAAAGAUGCUACAAACGCAGUUAUUGAAGGCUCUGCUGUUUCAGGCGACAGUGCCAUUUUUGCUCUCCUACCUGCCAAGAUUUCUCAUGUUUGCCUUUGUGAUAAAAGGAUAUCCCAGCCAUAAAAUAUACACUUUCGUACCGGUGAUGAUUACGAGCUACACGUGUUUGGAUCCUCUUGCUGUAAUGUACUUCAUUCAUGACUAUAGAGAAGCUGUCCAUACGUUAUUCCACUGCGAUGAUCACGCUCUCACUAAGAAUCUCUGGGUCGCCAGCUACUCCCGCUUAUCGUACCGACAACAAUCGUCGGUUUGA